AGCCUGCCGAGGCAAGUUGCAACGCUGUGCCACUGCAAAUUGCAAUUUGCCGAUCCCGGGCCUAUAUAUGAAUAAUGCAUUCGUAGUUCACUCCAUGUAGCUUCCGCUUCACCAGUCCGCUCGACUAAGACAUUCAUUCUCUUCCCAAUCAUGCUCCAUCUCAGGUUUCAACUCUGCUUGCUUGUUCUGUAUCCUAAUCAAGGGCGGAAGUAGACCUGGAACCCAGUUUUGAAUCAGCAAGAUGGCUCCCACCAGCAUUCUUAUCAUCGGCGCCACUGGUUACAUUGGGCGGCACAUUGCCCUGGCAGCCGCAGCGGCGCCCGAGGUUGCGGCAUUUGCCCUCAUCAGCAAGGCGACAGCUGGCAAGCUGGAGAGGAAGGAGGUGCUGGACCAGCUGCGCAGCGCAGGCGUCCAGUUUCUGGAGGGAGACUUGUACGACCACUUCAGUCUAGUUGCGGCGCUGAAGCAGGUGUCAAUAGUGAUCUCCACGGUGGGCUAUGCCCAGCUGAGCGACCAGACCAAGAUCAUUGACGCCGCCAAGGAGGCUGGGACGAUCACGCGGUUCCUACCGUCUGAGUUUGGGCUUGGCCCCAGUGAGAAGACAAUCGAGGCAUUUGGGGACCUUGCUCCGAUCUGGGCGAUCAAGAAGACAGUGCUUCCCGCACUGAUCGAGUCAGGCAUCCCUUACACAGUUGUUUGGUCCAACUGUUUUGCCGGCUACUCUCUGCCGGGUCUUGGCGCACUAGGACCUCCCGUUGCGGACGAAGUCACGGUCUUUGGCUCAGGGGACGUGAAGGGCGUGAUUGUCGACGAGGGGAACAUCGGGACGUACGCGAUCAAAGCGGCGCUCGACCCUCGCGCCGCCAACAAGACGGUUCACUUGGAGCCCCCGCAGAAUGUCGUCACCCAAAACGAGCUGAUUGCACUUGCGGAGAAGGUCCGGGGAAAGACGUACAAGCGUCGAACCGUGUCUGCCGAGGAGCUUAUUCAGCAAUAUCAAACUUUCGACCCGUCUAUCAAGUUCUUGCCCUACCUCAACUACGCCAUCUGGAUUGGCGGUGACUCGUUUCACCAUCCACUGCCUGAGGGCCACGUGUCAUCCGUCGACCUGUACCCGGAUGUGGAGUACAAGUCAAUUGCUCAGCUUCUUUAGGAAUAGGUUCAGCUUUGAAUAUUGCAAUAUCAAAUCUGAAGACAUUGCGGCUGUACCCUGUCGCGGUCCUGGACACGUGUACAGCCUAAGUUAAUGUUGGUACCUUCUAAGACAACCUGGUUUUUAAUUUCUGAAUCAAUUCGAGGCUUAAUGCAACAAUUUCAGAAACCAACUUAGUUGCAUUUGACUCGCUCGUGGGUUCCAGGAUCCGCAUUGCAAGACAAGUCGAUCGUGCUGGGACUCAGCCAUUAAGGGCUGCUGUGAUUCAAUUGUAGGUCCAUAUGGAGAGCUUAGAAACAAAUUGUGUUAUAAGAUCAGGUCGAUUGCGUGGGCUUGCAGGAACCUUAGUCGAGUCUGUUACAUGUAGGAUAAGAUUACAAUAGCUAGUAAGCCUUUAACUUUAUAGCAACGGAAGAGUUGAGAUGGAUAUUCAGGUAAGAGGUCGCGGUCAUGAGAACCAGAUGUUGCGUCGGCCAAUAGUCUCAACAGGCU